AGUUCUCUUGCGGUUUGUAAACUUUGAAUCAAACGGGUCGUGUUUGGAUAUAAAUGGAGGUUUUAAUGACUAAAUGUUGGGGAAAUUGCUGGAAAUUAUCUUUAGUUUGAGUAACCCGACUAGUAUGUCGGAGUCAUGUGUUAGCAUCUUAGCGUUUUUUUUUUUUUUACUUUUGACUUGUCAGCCAAGCCCAAAAGGAAUUACGCUUUCUUACUUCGACAUGUCUAUUAUGUGUAGCAUGUUUAUCGUAUGUUUAACAACUAUGUGAAUUUUCGUGAUGAAAAUAUUUUCUUGGAAUUUUCCGAGUAAACGGGACAGCUUGGAAGGGGCUCAACUGCGCAUGCGCUGUUUCCUUCUUUCUGGGUUGAAAAGUUGCCUUGCAGCCAUCAGCCUGACUGGAUGCAACUCCUUUGAAUUCGGUCAAGCCACCGACAGCCGCCAUGCCUUCGCCGAGCGACAACAUCGACCUGGGCUUCCUCUCCGACACCGAGCGGGAUUUAAUCCUGGAGGUGCUGCGGCGGGAUGAGGAUCUCCGGCAGGCCGAGGAGCAGCGCAUUCGGAAACUGAAGACAGAGUUGCUGGAAAUUAAGAGGAAAGGGGCCAAACGUGGGAGCGGGAGAUACAGUCAGCGAAGUUGCGGUCGAUGCCAGGGCUCCCUGAGUUUGCUGGCGUUCGGCUCCAGCCAAUGUCUGCGCUGCCACCACCUCGUGUGCAGCAAUUGCAGAGCCAGCCUCCCCGAUGGAUCCUGGCUGUGCAUCGUGUGCAUCAAAGAGUCCGACCUCAGGAAGAGUACAGGUGACUGGUUCUACAAUCUACGGGUCAACCGAUUCUCCGCCACGCCUGGCCACGAACUCGUGAGAAGCAGCCUCAGGCAGAGGCCCGAGUUGAAAAAAUAUGUGACAAUGGGAGACGUUCUACUUAAAAAUUCCGAGUCGACGCAAGGUCCACCCGUUCCCGUCCCCAGGCAGAAGGUUAACGCCAACAGCAGACGUCCGUCCGGAGAGAACGCUGGUUCGGUGAGUUCGAUGACAUCUUUUGAAGCGAAAGGGGAUGCAUUUGUCUACCAUGGCCCUCCCAGUGAGUACUCCGGGUCUGUUGCCUCAACGGCGUCUUUUGAAACGAAAGGGAUCGAUGGCCUGCUCAAGCCGUCGCAAAGCGACACCGAGUCGGCAGAAAUCGCCAGCCUCGCGAGCAGUAAAACAGACACAGAGUCUGGACGCGCAACCCCUGACCUGCCCAGAAGGGCGAUCCUUCCACCUCUCAACAGCCAUUCCAAUGUGACCCUCUUACCGGAUGCUGUCAGCAUUCAUAGCUAUAGCUUGGAAGCUAACACUGGCCCAGAAAUACAGCAAGCAGUUCCAAGCUCAGAGUUUGAUGUUGACAAACUCUUCAAAAAGAGCAUCAAACGUGUUGAGGAUUCUCCCGACUCCGUCAACUAUGGGGUGAAUGAGCAGGCUGAAGUCCCAGUGGAUGGCGGGGGCCAAUUUGUGCAAGGUUUGGACACACAAGUCCCAGAAAUAAAGCAAGGAAUUCCAAUCCCAGAGUUUGACGUAGAUGAAUACCUCAAGAAGCGCGUCAAAGACAUUGAGAAUCCUACUGAAUAUAUGAAUUAUGGGCUGGAUUUUUGUGAUCAGUCUCACACAUAUGAGAGCCUGGCGGAUAUCACGAGCCAUUUGGUCCAGGAUUCGGACACGCAAGUGCCCGAUAGAAUGCAGGACAUUCCACGCUCAGAGUUUGAUCGUGACAAACUCUUCAAGAAGAGCGUCAAACAUACAGAGAAUUCUACUGAAUGUGUCCGGUAUGAGUGGGAUCUUUGUGAUCAGUCUCACAUAUAUGAGAGCCUGGUGGACAUCAAGAGCCAAUAUGUCCAAGAUUCGGACAUGCAAGUGCCAGAUAUAAACCAAGACAUUCCAAUCUCAGAGUUUGACGUUGACGAACUCUUCAAGAAGAGCGUCACACACAUUGAGGAUCCUCCCGAACGUGUCAAUUAUGGGCGGGAUGUUUGUGUCCGAUCUCACACGUAUGAGAGCCUGGUGGACACGGAGAGCCAGUUUGUCCAAGAUUUGGACACGCAAGAUCCAGAAAUAACGCAAGUCAUUACAAACCCAGACUUUGAUGUUGACGAACUCUUCAAGCGGAAUGCCAAGCACAUUGAGAAUCCUCCUGAAUGUGUCAAAUAUGGGCCAGAUGUUAGUGAACCGGUUUACUCCUAUGUGGUCUCAGGGGACGCAAAGAGACAGUCUGUCCAAGUUUUGGACACGCAAGUCCCAGAAAUAAAGCAGACCAGUCCAAACCCAGAGUUUGAUGUUGACAAACUUGACAAGAGUGUCAAACAUAUUGAUAAUCCUCCCGAAUGUGGCAAAUAUGAGAGGGAUGUUUGCGAUCAACCUGGUUCACACGAGCCCCCGGUGGCUCCCAAGAGAAAAUUGGUGCAAGUUUUGAACUCGCAAGUCUCGGAAAUAAAACAGGUCAGUGCAAGCCCAGAGUUUGAGAUUGACAAACCCAAGAAGAGCGUCAAACACGUUGAGGAUCCUCUUGAAUAUGUCAAUUAUGGGCCGGAUUCUUGCGAUCAACCUGGCUCCGAUGAUGUCCCGGUGGAUUUGCAGAAACAAUUUGUACAAGGUUUGGACACGCAAGUCCAAGAAAUAAAACGGGCCAGUCCAAUUCCAGAGUUUGCCAAACACAUUGAGAAUCCUCCUGAAGGUGUCAAAUCCGGGCUGGAUGUACACGAUCAACCUGACUCGCGUGAGGUCCCGGUAGCUGUCAAAAGACAAUUGGUACACGGUUUGGACGUACAAGUCCCAGAAAUAAAAGAAGCGUGCACCAGCCCCGAGUUGGAACUUCAGAAGCUUUUCAAAAAGAGCAUCAGUCGGACUGAACAUCCUCCUGAUUCGCAUGGCAAGCGGGACAAAUUAACUUUACCGAUGGGAAACAGGAGCCAGUCUGUUCCGGAUUUAGACAUGCAAGAUGAUGAAGAGGAAGACAUUGACAGCUUGGUUAACUUUCAUAAGUCUACAAUGGCUUCCAGUUCAAGUUUAAGGAGCACAAGCAUGACGAGCAUUUACAGCGACUCGGGAGACAGUUACAGCGUGGACGUGAGAGGGGAGGUGGUCUUUACCAUGUUCUACGACGAGCCCACCCAGAGCCUCCAGGUCUUCAUCAAGGAGUGCCACAAGCUGGCCUACGGCGAUACGCUGCGGCAGUUUUCCAACCCUUAUGUCAAAUGUUACCUCCUCCCGGACAAAUCUCGUCAGAGCAAGAGGAAGACCACCAUCAAGAGGCACACGUGCGACCCGGUCUACGAAGAAACCUUCAAGUACUCCAUCCGGCGGAAUCAGCUGUUAACCCGAAGCAUGCUGAUAUCGGUGUGGCAUCACGGCCACCUGAGCAGCAACCCCUUCCUGGGGGAGGUGGAGAUCGCUCUGGACUGCUACGACCUGGACUCCCUGGAGGAGGAAUGCAUGGCCCUGAUGACAAAGGCUCCGUGCUGCAUCCCGGCGUCAGCCUUCACGCAAUUCAAAGGCGAGCUGGCGAUCUCCUUGAAGUUCGUCACACCCAAAGCCCCCCCGUUGCAGAAAUUCAAAGGCAAAAAGGUGGUGGAGGUGCAAGGCGGGGAGCUCCACGUCUUGAUUAAGGAGGCAAAGAAUUUGAUGGCCAUGAAGGGAGGAGUCGGAGGGAUGUCUGAUAGCUUUGUGAAGGGCUACUUGUUCCCGUCCAAAUCAAAGGCCACCAAGAGAAAGACGGCCGUCAUGAAGAAGAACCUGAACCCUCACUACAACCACACGUUCGUGUACAAGGAGCUGACGCUGGAGCAGCUGCAGGGCAUGUGUCUGGAACUGACCGUGUGGGACAAAGAGCCCUUGCUGAGCAACGAGUUCCUCGGAGGAGUGCGCCUCAGCAGCGGCAAAGGAAGUGUCAAAAUGGGAAACGACGAAGUUGGGAUGGAUUCGGUGGGAGAAGAAAUCAACCUGUGGCAGAAGAUGAUGCAGUACCCCGACUCGUGGGCAGAGGGCACCCUUCCCUUGCGUACCACCAUGAGGAAGAAGAAGGGCAAAUAAGGACGCUGGGAUCUUUUGUGAGGGGGUGGGGGAAAAAAAAUGUUGGGCCAGAAACAAUUUUUUCCAAGAAUAGAAACUUGCCUAGCGACAGGACAAGACGUGCGGCUGAUUGGCUGCGAGGAGGCUUCGGCUUCACAGUCGCCGCGCUCAAGUUUUGACCUGUUUUCUGAUGAUAAAUGUGCCAAAGAAUGCUCAAAAUCGUCGUCGGGUUAUUAUAGGAACGCUCACAAUUGCUUUGUUUUUCCACGACCACAAAAAGCCGUGACGCAAUUUAUAGCGAAAUAUGCACACGCAACUGCGCUCGUCUUAUUUUAUAUAGCUAGUCACCAAUGUUAUAUAAAAUAUUUGGACAAGGUUUGUAAAGUCUUUGUUGGAAGCAAUUUGCAGAUGGAGGAGAUUUUUAACCUGUGGUUACUUUGACGUUGCCUCGACGAUCUUAUUCAGCCAAUAAACGUUGACCAAAUAUUUA